GGUCUGCUGGUCAUGGUGGGUCCCACAGUUUCCUCACUUCCCUAAAUGGGCAACUUCACUUUCAGAACCCCAGGUCAUGCCCUGCCAGAACCAGGUGGCACAGUCUUGUAUCAGCCUGGAGCCCUAACCUUGGACCUUCAGGGUGCCCUGGCCCCUGUGACUGUCUCCAGCUGUAUGGAGCCAUGGCCCCCACAUUCCUGCUGCUGCUGCUGUGGCUACAGGGUAGCAUCUCAGGUCCCCCGGCCCAUAGUGUGUACACCAAAGUGCAGCGCCUGGAGGGGGAGACGUUGUCUGUGCAGUGCCACUACAAGAAUCGCAAAAAUCGCGUGGAGGGCAAGGUUUGGUGCAAAGUCAGGAAAAACAAAUGUGACGCUAGGUUCACCCGGGUCUGGGCACAGGAGCCCCACUACCUGCUGCAGGACGAUGCCCAGGCCAAGGUGGUCACCAUCACCAUGGCAGCCCUCCGGCGCCAGGACUCUGGCCGAUACUGGUGCAUGAGGAACAGCUCCCAGGUCCUCUACCCCUUGAUGGGCUUUCAGCUGGAAGUAUCUCCAGCUCCCACAACUGAGAGAAACACUCCUCUGAUGCAUCUGUCCAACAUUCUCAAGAGUGAAAUCAUUUUAGCAACUGGCCAAGCCCCCACCUCUAGCCCUGAUGCACCAUUCACCAUGGACAUGACCCUGCUCACACCUGGACUCCUCACCUUGACCAGGCUCUUUCCCUCCACUGCCCCACGGACCAUUAGACCAACCUCCAUGGCAGGCCACAGCUUCACCAGAAGCACCACCACCAUGGUGCGCAGGAGGACCAUAAUGUCCCGGACAGUGACUGAGUCUACCAUCAGUGCCCAGGCAUCCUCUCCUGGCCCAGCACCCAUCUCCACCAAGUCUGGGUCCCCAAGCACCAGAUCACCCACCACAAGAAUAUGUCACACCAGCAAAUCUGUUCUCAACAAAUUAUCCCCCAUCAGGCACCAGAACUCUGAUCUCACUGUGCUUGCAGUAGUGCUGGCUUUUCUCCCCAUCCCUGUGCUGGUGGUCAUCUAUGGACUUUGGAAGAGGAGACACAUGGGCAUUUCAACCCCAUCCACCACCAGGAGCACUGUGAGGAUCACAGUCCGAGCCUCUGUCACCAGCUUUGCCACUGACAGAUCCUCGUUUCAAAGCUCUCCAGGUAACUGGAAGUUCAUCCUCUCUGGCGUGCUGGUGGCCAUCCUGCUGCUGCUGCUGCUGACCAUUGUCCUGAUCCUGUACCUCAGGAAAGCCCGAGGAAGAGCUGAGAAAGGUGAGGAUGAAUCACACCAUAUCUAUGAUGACGUCUCAGUCCAAAAGGAGAAAACCACUGGCUUUGACCAACAAAUAGGCUCUGAUGAGGGCACUGGGGGCAUCCAUUAUGCCUCACUUAUCCACCUAAACAGCUUUGGCACUGAGGACUCCACCUAUACCAACACCCACACCAAAUGGAAGCCCAUGCCUGACUCCCUUCUGUUUGUGGAAUAUGUCACCAUUGCUGGAAACAAACACCAGCCCUCCAAGUCAACUGCCCUAGAGGAGAGUCUCAGGAACUGA